GUUUCCUGUCUGAUGCGGAACCGGAGCGGAGGGCUAACCGAGCUGUAUCUGCUGUUAAUAUAAUAAUGAGCGCGCUCCGGUUCAGGAAGAAGAGGUUGAGCUUCCAGCGGGUGACGAAGUCCGCGCUGCACUGCUGCGUCCCGCACUGCAGCCGCUCCUCCCGCUACAACUCCCUCAUCAGCUUCCACCGCUUCCCGGUGGACCCGGAGCUCCGCGCUCGGUGGGUGCAGCAGAUCCGCAGGGACAACUUCACCCCCACCGAUCACACGCGCGUCUGCUGCAGCCACUUCCAGCCCGGGGACUUCGCCGUGACCGCGGCCGGGCUGCGGAGACUCCAGCCCGGCACCGUGCCGCUCCUCUUCGCCUGGAACCAGUACAGCCCACCGGCACCGGGCCGCCCGAGCCCCGAGAGCCCGGACUCGGACCCGACCUCAGAGUCCGACCCGGAGAGCAAGAUGGACACGACGGAGGAGGACUUUCACUCUGAUGACUCCAGCCAGAUGGACGAAUCUGCAGAACUUGAAAUUAAAGAAGAAGACCUGGCAGAACUUGAUAUCAAACAAGAAGCCCUGGGAGAACAGAGGGGGAAUGAAAAAGCCAGGCCCAAAUGGACUCAAGAUGAAGAUGACUCCCUUAUAUCAUUGGUUCAGCAGUUUGGCACACAGAAAUGGGAGUCUGUUGCUGGCUGCUUACCUAGUCGCACUGAACAGGAGUGUAAGUAUCGCUUCACAAGCGUUCUGGACCCAGCUCUAAUAAAAGGAGCCUGGACCAAAGAAGAAGAUAACAUGCUUAUUGAAUUAGUGACGAGGUUUGGAGAUAAGAAGUGGGCCAAGAUUGCCAGUUAUCUAAAAGGUCGCAGGGGGAAGCAGUGCAGAGAGCGGUGGCACAAUCACCUGGAUCCUUCAGUGAAUAAAAACUCGUGGACUGAAGAUGAGGAUCUCAUCAUCUGCAGUGCCCACAAAAGGCUCGGAACUCGCUGGGCCAAGAUUGCCAGAUUACUUCCUGGCAGAACAGAUAACUCUAUUAAGAAUCGCUGGUAUUCAACCCUAAAGCGUAAACUGGAAACUGGUACGUUGGUGAUGCAGGAUUCGGUUUUGGCCUCUGUGAAUCAGUCUAUUGAAAAGGAUGAAGGUUCUCCUCCUGCAAAACAAGUCAAGCUAAGAAAAUCUACAGGCAGCUCUCCCAAUACGAGUUUCCAGGAGUUCUGCUGUGAUGUUGUUUUGGAGUCAGGUCCAGUGGUGGACGUUGCUAAUUACUUGAAAGAGCCAAGGAGAAAUCCUGAAAGGGCUAAGAGGAAAAGCACUUUUACCAAGCAUAUGCCAAUACCAAAUGAAACCAUCUCUCCAGGUCUCGACACCAACGGCAACUCUCCCACAACUUCAGCUUCCUCCCUCAGCAGCACAAUGCAGUACAGACAGAAGACCGUCACAGACGCAGUUCUGCAAAUGAUCUCUGAGGACAUGCUGCCUAUUAACAUCGUGGAGGGAUCUGGAUUCAGGAGCUUUAUGUCCACGAUUGCUCCACAAUACCCCAAACUUUCGCAGCGUACGGUAGGGCUGAAGCUCUACGAAGAGGUGGAGAAGACGGUCAAGCCACAUCUGAUCAGACAGCUCAGGGACUGCGUCGCUGUGAGCGGCGGUCACGGCACCGUUCACGUAACCGCAGAUAUUUGGGCCAGCGAGUACUCCGACCCCAUACUCAGCGUUCAGCUGCAUUUCCUCGACGACGACUUCAAAGUUCACAGACCCACGGUCGCCUUUCGCCAUUUGAGUGGGAAGAAUUUGAACGCGAUGGUAACGAGAGAGCUGGAGGCCGUUCUUCUAAGCUACGGGCUGUUUCACCACAACAUCGGCUACGUCAUCGCCCACGAGGCCAAGAACACGAUUUCUACGCAUGACCUCUUCUGUGAUUACAAGAUCAUGCACACCGCGCAGAAGAAUGACCCUGAUGAGGACGAGCUGUUGGACUUUCUCGACGAUCAAGCGAUUGUCGACGAUUUCUCUGAAAUCCUGUUGGGCACACACGUGGACUGCAUUACCAGCCUGCUGCACUUAGUCAUCAAGGAUGCUCUGAACGUCUCCAAGUCUGCACAGUACACGCUCUCUCAAGCUCAAGAAGUGGUGGCCUUUUUUCGACGCAGUGCCUACUGGAACGAAGUUCUCGUGAAGGAGUGCAAGCUCUCUUUUGCAAAUCCUCACAACUACAGCAGCUACAAUUGGAACUCCACUUUCGCUAUCAUUCGAAAACUGGCGCAGGAGUUUGCUUGGGGUUCGGUGAUGGCCUUGUUGGCGCAGGCUCGAAAAGAGGCGAACGAGUCCGCGGUUCCACCGCCGUCGGUCCACAUCAAGCGGGAACAGUUGAUUGAGAUCAUCGGCUUGUUGGAACCAUUUGAGGAGGCUAUUCAGGUACUUCAAGCCGAGGGCUCCACCUUCUCCCUGAUCAUUCCUUCGCUCAUCGGGCUUGAUAAAACCCUCGAGAAAAAGGCCACGAGCUACACCCACUUCUGCAAAACCCUUCGCUCAGGCCUCCGCGACUACCUCCAACCUGUAAUCCAGCAGAAAGAUUUCAUACUAGCCACAGUCCUGGACCCGCGGAUUAAGCUGCAGCCCUUCGUUGGUGGCAAAGGCGAAACCGAGUCGACCACGCUCAGCCCCCCUACAAAAUACAUGGCUUGCUCAAUUCUAGAAUCGGCCAUGAGCGAAGCCAACACGUGGAUCCCAGUAGAGCAGGGCAGUGCCAAUCUAAAUCACGACGACGUGGCUGCUGCAGAAGCUGCUAGCGUGGGCAACAUCAAGUCAAAAAAGAUCUUCAGCUUCAUGCAGCCCACCCAAAAAGCUGUGAAGAUCUCAGAGCUGGAUCUCUACAUAUCAGAACCUUUGCUGGACGGAGACUCCUCCAUCCAUACGUAUUGGAGAGAAGCUACACGAUUCCCACAGUUGCAGAGCAUCUGCCACAGGCUCCUGUCUGUGCCAGCUUCUUCUGGAGGGUUCCAACGGCUCUUUCCAAUGGCAGCUUGUAUAGUGAGGGCGCGGAGGAGCAGGCUGCCGCAGCACACCACGGAACGAAUGUUACUUUACAAAGAGUGCCUGGAGUUACGGAGGAGAAGAAGCAGCACCAGCACUGGACUGUGAUUUGGACUUAUGAUUUAAAAUUUGAGUUAUAUAACCUUUGUUUUUCAUUUCUUAAGCUACAUUUUUGUGAAUAGCAGCUCUGUGUAGAAAUGUAUGAAAAUAUGAAUUUGUCUGAUAUUAACCUUUCUUUGACAAAUAUGUGCUUUGGGGCAUUUUAUGCAUGAUUUAAGACCAGGAUGAAUCGAGGGUGAUUUGGGACGUAAGAGUAAAUGGGGCGGUUUGGAUAUAUUUUGGUUUAUUUUGUUAUUUUGAGUUGUUGAGCCUUAACUCAUUGUGAAACCCCACAAUCAACAUCAUCUUUUUCAUUUUAACGUCUUCAUUACAAUAGAAAUGGAUUAUUUGUUUGGCUAUUAUGUUGCAAUAAUGGAUACAAAAACCCUGAAACUGUCCCAAUCACACUUAAUUUACCCUGUAUUGGCAUUAAAACAGGCAUGUGAGAUGUGGCCGUUGCUGAAUGAUUUAUUCUUGUUCAUAGCAGUCUUAUCUUAAUAAGGCUGUUCAACUACAAUACCAUUUGUAUAGUCUUUUUUUUUUCUACUUUUAUAAGGAUAAAUAUCAGGGAUGAGCUCGUAAAAAAAUGACAUUGAAUAAUCAAAUAUUUUCUGAUUGGUUGUUCUCUCGACUUUUGGAUCUUUCUAAGAUUUCUCAGUACUGUUUGUAGAACUUGCCUACUCUUUAAUGGGACCUAUCUCUCCUUUAAGUGUACUUAACAUGCCACGGUUUGCCUUUACCUUGAUACAUUUUACCUGAGCAUCAGUUUUCUUGAAUUCAUAUUUGUUACACAAAAGAAAUAAACUGCUGUGCUUCAGGUGAA